AUGGACGGCCCAGAUCUCAGUCGCAUCGAGUCGCUGGACUCUAUCAAGAUGCCGACGCCGUCAAAUAUGCGCACCGGCGUGCCACGUAUCGACACGGAGCCAAUGUUCACUGCUCUGAGAGCGGCCAUUGGGGAGUCUUGGUCAGAGUACAAGUCGACCUUUUCCUCUUUCUUCCUAGGCAAACUCAACCAGGCCGAACUUUCACAAGUCACAGAUCGACUCCUCUCCUACGCACCGAGCGUGUUGUACAACGGUGCCCUGGUCUCGACUGUCCACCUGCACAACAAGCUCUUUGGUGCCCUGCAUUCAAACAUAUACCGCGAUGCUCCUCCGGAACCCGUCGCAUCAUGGGUACUAGCAACCGAUGCCCCGGCCUCGGCCAGCGCCUCCAAAUCACUUUCACAAGGUGGUGGUGACAAGGCCGAAGAGAGAUUGAAACGCGAAGUCAUGGCUCUCUCCGCCCGCGACAGGAGGAGGAUAAAAAGUGCAAAGGACAAUCUCCCUGCUGUUCCGCGAUCCGGGCCUUUGCGAGAAAACGCUACCUACGCAACCGCCCUCACAGUCCCAGUCACUUCCUCCCAAAUACCAGACGCCAUACCCACCACAGCGACCUCCCUCAGCAAGACAAACUGGGAUCUAGAAAUCAGACGACGAUACGCCGUGCCUCUGGCAUCAGAAACCCUCGACUUUCCCUCUCGCGCAGAUAUACAAGCACGUAUUGAACCAAUCUGCUACGAAGAAGGCGUGGGCUUGUCUGCAGUACCCAUGACUUCCGCCGCCUUGCAAGCAAUAGCCGAACUUGUAGAAACAGCCACAGAAACAUAUAUCAAAGAACGCCUUACCGAAUUCUUCUCCACGACACGCUCAAACGCACCUUUCGACCUCGGACCCACGACUGCAAGAUUCAGAGCACAGAUGCGGAAGGAGGAGGAAGCCAUUGAUCGUGGACAAUUGGGGAGAAGUGCGGCUGGCUUCUUACCUUGUGAGCAAGAUGCGCUUACACGGAGGGAACCCUUGUCUUUGGACGAGGUACGCAUGACUUUACGUCUCAACGAUACAAGAUUACGUCUCGAUCCCUUCUUGGCCCAGGAAAUCAUGGAUGGUGUGGAGAUGGACAUGGUGGAUACACCCAUGGCCAUGACGAAUGGUGAUCAUGACCCUAUGGACACCAAAGAUGCGGACGUCGAUGCCAUGAUGACUGAUGACGACGACAUGGGUGGAUGGGAGGGUGCGACGGCGGCGGACAGAGAUGUGCUAUUCGGUGUCUUGGACUUUGUACUCGCGCCUGGGGGGAUGACGUAG